UCAGUAAUUAGAUACUUUUACUACUUUACUUUCAAUUUUAAUUGUACCAUAUACAGAAUCAAUGCAUAGUUAGAAUCAUUAAAGAUAUUUAUCGAAUUGCGGAAUUUAAUAAAGUAACAAUGUGUCUUGUUGUUCCCGCCAAAUUAUUUGUUUUGUUAAUAGUUUUCGAAGUGUGUAACGGAUAUAAUUUUAAUUUAGAAGACAUAUUUGGUUUUGUUGGCGGUCUCAAAUUCAAUCCGGCAGAGUACCUUAAGGUGAACAAAAGGGACAUUUUUUUUAACUUACAUACUCCUAAUUAUCCGUAUCCAAGAGAAAUUGAUGAAGAUAAUUUGGACUUGGUAGAAAAUGAUAAACCUGUGAAGAUUUUACUGCAUGGAUGGGUUGGAAAUGAAAAUGUUCGCACAUAUCAAAAUAUAACGAGAGAAUAUAUGAAGAAAGGAAAUUAUAACAUCAUACAUGUGGAUUGGAGAAACGUUGCCGUUUUGCCAUAUGCAGUAGCGUCAGUUUGUUCAAAAGAUGUUGCCAAAGUAAUAAGCAGCUUUCUUCUUAACCUUAAUGAGAAAAAGAGAAUUCCAAUGCACCAAUUCCAUCUUAUUGGGAUUUCUCUUGGUGCUCAUGUGGCGGGACUUGCAGGAAAACAAAUUAAAGAAAAGUUGAACACACAAAUUGGAAGAAUAACAGCUUUAGAUCCUGCCGGGCCGCUUUUUGAAUUUCCCCCAGCCAAAGAAUCAGAAAAAUUGACCAAAUAUGACGCUAAAGUGGUCGAUGUUAUUCAUACUGACGGGGGAAUAGUUGGAGCUUUGAAACCAUUAGGUACCAUCGAUUUUUAUCCUGAUGGUGGUAUUAGACCCCAAGAAGGUUGUCCCCUGAUACCCGUUGAAAAAGAUGUCGGUGAUUCAUUUUUCUGUGGACAUUACAAAGCAGUGGAAUAUUUUAUUCGGUCUAUAAACUCGAAGGAAUUCGUAGGAGUACAGUGUAAAUCUUGGUUAAAAUUUAAAUUAGGCCAUUGUAAAGGAAACAAAGAUAAUAUUAUGGGUGAAAAUUUGAUACCGGAAAGACAAGGAAGUUUUUAUCUGCAUUAGUAAGAAAUAGUGUUUAGGUAAGUAUAAGUUGUGCUGUAUGUAAGAAUAUCAACAACAUUGAAGACAUAGAUACCUUGAAUAUAGGGAUGUGUAAAAUGGUUUUUUAAAAGUAUUUAAAUACAGAAUGCAAAUACA